GAUAUUACUAAUAGUUUAUAUAAUAUAUUGAUUUUUUAUUCUAUUCUACUUUCAGUCUCAGAUAUAUCUAAUGCAUGUACAUGACCAAUAAACCGCAUACUAACUGAGGUAGCUUAAGGAAGCAUUUCAAUAGUGGGCACGGACUUUUCCACCCGGCCGGCCCAGACAAGAAGAAUUGAGAGAUAAUAAGUAUACUUCCAUGGCAGUCGAGUCGAAGCCAUGGAACUCAUCAUCUGCUGCAAAGGUGCAACAAUGCGAUUUCUUCCGCUCCAUAUUCUGUUCUUUUCUUGCUUUUGCCUGCUGAAAUUUUCCACAGCCAGGAGAGACACCAUUACACACGCACAGCCCAUCGCUGAUCCUGAAAGUAUUAUCUCCAGCAACGGAGCUUUUGAAUUGGGAUUCUUCAGCCCGGCUAAUACCACCAAUCGGUUCGUCGGAACCUGGUAUAGCAACAUCUCGGUGAAGACUGUGGUGUGGGUAGCUAAUAGAAAUAGGCCUCUGAUUGAUUCUUCCGGGACCAUCUCAAUAUCUGAAGACGGCAAUCUGGUGGUUUUGAAUGGACAGAAAGAGAUCAUGUGGUCAUCAAAUGCUUCAAUCUCGGCGGCAACGAGUGCCCAACUGUUAGAUUCUGGGAACCUUGUCCUGCAGGAUAGCUCGAGUGGAAAGACAAUUUGGGAGAGUUUUCGGUAUCCUUCGGACUCAUUCAUAGAGAAGAUGAAAAUCAGUAGUGAUGCGAAUACAGGGGAGAAAACCCUUUUCAGAUCAUGGAAAAGCCCUUCUGAUCCAUCAAUUGGCAGCUUCUCUUUGGGGAUUAAUCCUUUACCUCUACCUCAAGUCUUUGUAUGGAAAGACGGUUCCCCUUAUUUGCGCACUGGACCUUGGAAUGGUCAGAUCUUCAUCGGAGUUGAAGACAUGGUUUCUUUUUAUCUUAAUGGUUUUAAUCUUGCGGAUAAUAAACAAGGAACUGUCUCUCUGACUUUCACUUUUGCAAAUAAGUCUUCGCUAAUAUACUACAUGUUGAAUCACAAUGGAACUUUGAUGGAGAAGUAUUGGAGUGAAGAGGAGCAAGAGUGGGAGGUUACCUGGCUGGCUCCAGCAACUGAGUGUGAAGUUUACGGCAAGUGUGGGCCAUUUGGAAUUUGCAAUUCCAAGGGUUUUCCAAUUUGUUCUUGUUUGAAAGGGUUUGAGCCAAAGCAUGUGGAGGAAUGGAACAGUGGGAACUUCUCCAGUGGUUGUGUCAGGAGGAUACAAUUGCAAUGUGAGAGAAAUAGCAGUAGUAGCCAAACGAGCAAGAAAGAUGGGUUUCGGGAGCUUGCUACGGUGAAGGCCCCCGCGUUUGAAGAGUGGUCAGAUGCUCUACAAGAUGGCUGUGAAGCCCAAUGCUUAAAGAAUUGUUCUUGCACAGCUUAUACUUAUAAUUCAGGCAUCGGUUGCAUAUUAUGGAGUGGGGCCUUAUUGGACAUACAGAAAUUUUCAAGAGGUGGGGUCGACCUUUACAUUCGUGUGGCAAAUUCGGAGCUAGAUAAAAAUAAGGACAUAAAAGUAAUUAUCAUUCCAGUGAUCAUAGGGUCAAUUGUCUUUGUGAUAUGCGGGUGCCUUUUAUAUGCACGAAUAGUUAAACAAAAAGGAAGGAACUGUGUCAACAAGCUCCUCUUCAAGAAAUUUUCAACACCUCUGGAGUGUUCUACUGAAAUAAUGCUUGAUGAAAAUUUGAGCCAAGUUAAGCUAGAAGAACUACCAUUGCUCAGGUUCGAGGAGUUGACAAUUGCUACUAACAAUUUCCACGUAACUAAUAUGCUCGGCCAGGGUGGAUUUGGUCCAGUUUACAAGGGAAAAUUGUUAGAUGGACAAGAAAUAGCAGUGAAAAGGCUUUCAAGAUCCUCUCAACAAGGGUUGCAAGAGUUUAUGAAUGAAGUUAUGGUGAUCUCUAAACUCCAACAUCGCAAUCUUGUUAGACUCUUCGGUUGCUGCGUAGAAAAAGAAGAAAAGAUGUUGAUUUAUGAAUACAUGCCAAAUAAAAGCUUGGAUGCAUUUCUAUUUGAUCCACAAAAACAAGAACUCCUAAACUGGAGUACACGACUCAAAAUCAUCGAAGGGAUAGGUCGAGGCCUCCUCUACCUUCAUCGAGAUUCUAGACUAAGGAUCAUUCAUCGGGAUCUAAAGGCCAGUAACAUUUUGUUAGAUGAAAGCCUGACUCCGAAAAUUUCUGAUUUUGGUAUAGCAAGGAUUUUUGGUGCCAAUGAAGAUCAAGCCAAUACGAGAAGGGUUGUUGGAACAUAUGGAUAUAUGGCUCCAGAAUAUGCCAUGGAAGGACAAUUCUCAGAGAAAUCAGAUAUAUUUGCCUUCGGAGUACUGUUACUGGAGCUUGUAAGUGGAAGAAAGAACACUAGUUUCUACAGUGAUGAACAAUUUUCUAACCUUUUAGGAUAUGCAUGGAAGUUGUGGAAUGAACACAAGGCUGUAGAACUAAUAGAUUCUGGAAUAGUUUCCCAGGGCUCGCAAAUGGAGAUGUUGAGGUGCAUUCAUAUUGGCUUGCUGUGUGUACAGGAAUUUGCAAGAGAUAGGCCAACCAUAUCAAUGGUUCUGUCCAUGCUGAGCAGUGAAAUUGCUCGUCUGCCCCUGCCCAGGCAGCCUGCAUUCACUCAGCCAUCGCCCUCUCCACAAACACAAUCUGCACACCAAAAUCCAGAGAGAUGUUCCACCAAUAAGUGCUCUAUUACAAUUAUAGAAGCUCGUUGAUAUUACUAAUAGUUUAUAUAAUAUAUUGAUUUUUUAUUCUAUUCUACUUUCAGUCUCAGAUAUAUCUAAUGCAUGUACAUGACCAAUAAACCGCAUACUAACUGAGGUAGCUUAAGGAAGGUCAGUUUGCCAUUGUUAAUUGAGCGCGUGGUUUUGUUAA